AUGGCCUGCACCAAGAACACCACCAAAAAAUCCAAUGGUGGCUCAGCACCAUGCGUCCUCCUCACUACUUCGAGAACUGGUAAAACCAGUACUUCUGGAGUAGAUGUCCAGAGAAGGAAGGCUUUGACCACCUCCAAGGUCACAACUGUGGGAGGUGGGGACCUUGAAAAGAGAAAUGCUCAUCAUAAGGCUUUGACUGCCACCAAGGCUACCUUGCCUAUUGGAGGUGGGGACUUGGACAAACUAGGUGGUCACAACGAGUUCUGCAUACUCUGCAGGGAUGGUGCAGAGCACUAUGAAGACAAUACCCUCUUCAUGUGCACUCUGUGCCCCAGAGUGGUGUGCAGACUCUGCCUGCAGCUGCUGCCCGAUCUGGAGACCAAAGUCCUGCAAGAGGACAUCUCGUUCAGGUGCAUUUGUUGCCAUAUCAAAAUGGAACAAGGCAGCGCCUACUUUGGUUUCUAUAAUGCCAAUGGCCUUCUGGCCUUGGAUAGGUUCUUGCCCAUCAACGGUGCACUUGAGUUGUCCGAGCUAGCCAAAAUAUUGGCAGCACCGGUGAUUUUUAUACACCUUAUUCUCGUCAACUUGUCAGUGGCUGGUAGCCCUUUGGAGUUCACUCAUUCCUUUCUCAAGCCCUACCACACUGGUGACAGCAUCAAAUAUCUUGAUGUCUACUAUGACAUUGGGUCUGAUGCCAAGGCCACCCCCUACUGCAGCAAAGUCUGCAAGAUGAUUAAAGGUUUGAAGAACUCGUUCAUCUGGGAAUGUGUAGUCAUUGGCAUUUCCACUCAUACUGAUGAGGAUUUCGGCAACCCUUUUAUUGGGUAUGAGGAUGGUGAUACCAACAACUAUCUCAGCACUUUGGUUGAUGAUUUCUUGGAAAUAAUUCUCCAACCCUGGCAAACUAUCAUCAACCAUGCCCAGGAAUCUUACCUCUGGAUGUUAUGUUGCAGCUCCCUUGUCAACAACUCAGACUCAUUCCAUGGCUUGCAAGAGGCUGUUGUCUGGUAA